GGAUCCUGAGGCCGCUGUGCGAUGCAGAGAGAUUCCCGCGCCGUCCCGAGCGGGCCGUGCCGCCAGAUGGACUCCCCGAUUCAAGCCGAGGAUCUGAUGAGCGAUGUGGAGUUACUGCCGCCGUCUGCGCCUAGCUCUGCCCCGCCGAGCCCGUGCCUCGCCACCGCCGCCGCCAAGUCCAACUUUGGGCGCUCUGCUCCUCCAGCCGUGGCACGCUCCCUGCCCAGCAGCCCCCGUGCCAGCCUCGCCACCACCUCCUCUGAAGUGACCGCCAGGCUGUACUCCUCGCUGCGGGCGAGCCGCGAGCUGGGAGCUGCCCGCUUCUCCCCUCCUCCUCCUCCCUCCUCCUCCUCUGUAGGUGCCCUCACCAACCGUUCCAAAGAUCCGCAUGCCAGGCAGCCCGACCCCGUGCUCAGGCCGACUGCCAGCAGCUGGGCAGGGCCAGGCACCUGCAAAACCGCGGCCUCCCGCCCCCCAAAGUCCGUCCAGUUCUCCGAGGAGGCCCCUGGGCCGCUGGCACCCCCUGGUCUGGAAGAUCCGGCCGUGCAGGCGGCCCAGAGACUCUCCAAAAGGGCAGAAGGCAGCGAAGCGCUGAAGGGUGGAUCCAGGCACAUCUCGGAGAUGGAGUCGGUCCGGUCCCACCUGCAGAACAUGUUGAAACUCUCCCAGGAUCUCACCUGCAGGGUCAGCCCCAGCUCCCCAGUGUCAAAGCGAGCUGAGGACCAGAGAGAUGACGACUCCUUUGAGAGUGAUUGCACCAGCGCUUUACUCAG